UCUACCAUAAAGCUACAACUAAGAACUACUUACAAACCUCCGGCCAAGCCAUCGCGAUGACAAUUUCUUUCAUUUCAUUUGGUACGAAAUUCGAAAAGCGAUUUAAAAUAAAAGAAAAAAAUAUAUCAUGUAUCUAUCAAAAAAGAGGAAAAUUUUGUUAUUGUAGAUUUAACCACCAAUGUCUUUCAAAUUGUCGUCGUUUUUAAUAACAGUUUUACCGUUAAUUUUUCUCUUAAAAUUUAGUGACUAUUAUAUUAGUUCGUUUCUUAUUCUAAAGAUAAUUAAUUGUAUGUGUGAAAUGUCACAUUGAAUGAGCUUCGAAGUGGAUCGGUACUCGUCUGCGUGGGCACAUAUCGCCCUUUGUGCGGAUCUCACAUGGGCUACGGAACCUCCCGAUGAAUUCAUUAUAGCUAAUCAGCGUCUCUGGGCACAGCAUUGUCGUGUGUCUCAAGUUCUACAAGACACAUCAUUGGAAUCACAAAGUUUGCAAUCAAAUAAUCAAUGCGAAUUAACAGAUAAUAAACGUGCCAUAUCAAGCCAAAGCCAAGAAAAUGGAAGCAGUAGUGGCAGAAGAAGUGUGAAAGACGUCAUACCAGAGUCCAGAUUGGCACAAUUCUAUGGAAAUUUUUAUUACGACGAAGUCAGAGAGAAAUGUUAUACAAGUACGAAUGAAAGAACAAACUUGCGAGGGUAUAACGGACAGGGUUGCGAAAACUCGGACCUCACGGAAUGCUGGAUGCUGCCUGAGGUGGAGUACUGGUUCCGCAAGUUAGUAGACGAGUCAGCAGAGCGCAGUAUGUUUCCGCGCCGCCGUCGUCAGUACAGGAUGCUGCCCGACGAGGAUUUAGGAAUUAAUUGGCACCGAUCGGCAGCUAGCGAGCGCUGGGGCCCGAGUGGGGCGCGAGCCGCAGGCGAAGAAGCGGCGCUGGCAGCGCGGGUGCUCAGCGUGCGGGCACUAUGGGCCCCGCCACAGGCGCCCAGGGGCCCCGCACAUUCCUCGCACGCGCCCCGCGCGCCCAGCCCCCCGGCGGUGUCGCGGAAAAUGCGGGCAAGGCGUCGCCAGCCGCGGCGACUGACUGCACUCGCCCCGCCGCCGCCGGCGUACUGCCUCGACAUGCCUGCACAACUCUUCUGCGACCCGACUUGCAAAUUCCAGUUCGAUCCGCCGCGGCCUCCUCAGCUGACGGAGUGCCAGCGCGCCAUGGGGCGGCUGUCGGCGAGCGUGCAGGCGGUGAUGCGCGCGUCGGCGGCGCGCUGCCCGCCCUACCGCGGCACCAACGUGAGCCGGUACGCGCCCACGGGCCAGCGGCCGGCGCGCUGCCCCGAGCGCCGCUACGGCGUGUGGUGGCCGCGCGACCACCCGUCGCCGCGCCUCGACCACCGCUUCCACCUCACGCACGUGCACCACGCGCCGCCCGGGCCCGCCGGACAGAAGGCGCCCGCGCGGACAGACCCCGAAGACGGCAAGAAGGAAGAAUUACCCGAGGAAAAGGAAACGACCAGCAGUACCAACGAACAAGUAACGGUUCCCACCACCGAACCUCAGACCACACAAGGUGAUAAGCCCGAAAGUCCAAAUACUCAAGACAAAAACGUGGCUGAUGGCCAGCUGCCGUCGACUAGCGCGGCCGCCAUGGACACCGGACUGAGGAAGAAGCGCCUGUACAGCACGGUGCUCAGCAUGAGCGCACCGGCGCCUAUUGGCCUCACCCCGGUCGUCAGGCUGGCGCAGAAAUUAGUUACACCUGGCCUACUGAAACUGAACCCAAAAAUGGUGCUCCCUGGAUCAAGGGUGCGCCCACCGACUGUCGAUCAUAAAUUUGAAGAAUUAGAGAAAGAAGCGUUGGAGCAGUACAAAGCUUCAGAUGAGAGUAUAGACACUAAGUUUCGGGAACUAGAAAAACAAGCUGUUGAGCAAUAUAGCACAAGCAACAGUAACACUAGCUGCAGCAGCGGCAACUCUGCAGAGAAACGUGCCUCGAGCUCUCCUUCUGAGAGCGAUACAAAGAGUAAGCAGCCGGCAAAAUUUCAUAAGGAGAAACCGGUAGACAGUGUCGUCAUAUACUCACAGAAUUUUCCUGACCUGAAUUCUAAGGGGCAGACGUCCAGUGUAAUGAAUUUAAAAAACUUCCACACCCCCCCGAGGGGGGAAAAAAAGGAGCAAACCCAUAGACCGAGUAAGAACUUGCGCAGUUUAAAAAGUGAGUCCCAGCGAGCGGCCUCAGACACGGACUACGAAGCUCGGGAAAACCUGAAAGGCAACCACAAGGGCCCCAUGCGAUGGACGCUGCACGUGGUGCCGCCCAAGAAGCGGCACCUGACGCUGUGCGUGUCGGACUUCUCGUCGGACGAAGACUUGGACGACGGCGGCGUGUCCAUGAAGGACGCGGGCCCGUGCAUCAAGAACCACGUGGCGGGCAAGGUCAAGAUGUCGGCGCACGGCGGCGGCGACCUGCACCCCAUCAUGAGGAAGACGUAGCGGCGCGAGCUACCCCUUUGUACUUACCCUGUACACUCCCGCCACUGACAGUUGAACAGCAGUGGCAAAUUGUGAAUUGUGGCAUUCGUGGCCGGUCACCAGCGAAGCCUAGUCUCCGUCCUAGUUGUCGUAUUAGUAAAUUCAUUUCGUGAGUGACGUACUGAUAUAUUUUUGACUAUUUUAUAUGAUGCGUCCGUCAACUUUUAGUGGUCGGAGUUUGUUUUUGAUAUAAUUAUUGCUGUGAAUGGAGUUUUUGUGGGAUCCCUCGUAGACCUGUAUCGAACUAUGUCGUGACCGGCGUGAACCGUGUACCGAUAAAGCUGUUUUAGCAAUGUGCUUAUUUUUACUAGUCAUAAAUGCUUUGUAUAUAUA